AUGCAACCCUUUGGUACCUCAGAACUACAAAAUUCUACUAAAGUUAUAAAAGCAGCGAAGCCCAGGACAAGGAAAUGCAGCAAGGCUGGUGAUUUUGGUGAUAUCACAAACUGGCCAACACCAAGCGAAAUAGCAAACAAUGAAUGUAAGAGUGUAAGUCACAGUAAGAAGCCAACAAAUAGAAGAGAAAAGGAGGAGAAAUCUGAUCAAAAAAGCAAUAAUGGAAUCAAGGACAACCCGGAGGCAAAGCCAGAUGGUCCAGGAGACAAUAUUAGCGAAGAUGAAGCUCAAACUAAUAACCAAAGGAAAAAAGGUAACAAGCAGAAAUGGGUGCCGCUUCACUUGGAUGAUGUAAGGUCAGACAGUAAAGAAAGACCAGGCUCUCGAACUAGCUCAAGAUUUCUGCUGGAAACAAACAAGUUAAUACCUCAUAACAACAGACGGAAUGAGACAAGGAAUUGGCGUCGUGAUAGAGAAAAGAGAGAUGAUCAUGAUGAAGUGUGCAGCGUGAGAAGCGAGGGUAGCAGUGUUCGAGGAUUCUCCAGAGGCAGAGGAAGAGGUAGAGGCAGAGGGAGAGGACGAGGCAGAGGAAACCCUAGAGUGAACUUUGAAUAUUCAGUUGGUUAUCAAGAACUGUAUGGUGAAGGAACUGACCAACUAUUUCAACCUGAGCUUAAUGCUAGUGUGAUGUAUUACUAUGGUGAUGGAACAGGAGUGCAGAUGUAUUCUGUGGAUGAAGCACUUCUCAAAGAAUAUAUAAAACAUCAAAUUGAGUAUUAUUUCAGCACAGAAAAUCUGGAAAGAGACUUCUUUCUGAGGAGAAAGAUGGACCAACAAGGAUUUCUGCCUGUCUCAUUGAUUGCUAGCUUCCGUCGGAUGCAAGCUCUGACUACAAAUGCUGCACUCAUUUUGGAGGCCCUAAAGGACAGUACAGAAGUUGAAACUGUGGAUCAGAGGAUAAGAAAAAGGGUUGAUCCAGAAAAGUGGCCAAUUCCAGGCCCUCCUCCAUGCAGUCUGCCACCGACUGACUUCUCUCAGCUCAUCAAUUGUCCAGAAUUCGUACCAGGACAAAUUUUUGGCUCACAUACUGAGUCUGCACCAAGUUCUCCAAGAAUGGGAAUCCCGUUGAGUCCAAAGGAAAACACUGAAACGAGUAAUUUUCAGACAAUGUCGAAAGGAUUGUCUACAAGUUUGCCUGAUUUGGACUCUGAACCUUGGAUAGAAGUGAAGAAGAGGCAUCGUGCAACCACGGUCAAACUAAAGGAAAGUGUUCCUAUACCUGAUCAAAUAUCAGAUCAACAACAGCCACCCCCACCUCCAGAGGAACAAGAAGAACUUGAUUUUUUGUUUGAUGAAGAGAUGGAACAAAUUCAAGGACGGAAGAAUAAAUUUACUGAUUGGUCAGACAGCGAUUCCGAUUAUGAAUUUGAUGAUCAGGACGUAAACAAGAUUUUGAUUGUAACACAGACGCCACCAUAUAUGAGAAAACAUCCUGGUGGAGAUCGUACUGGCAACCAUGUAUGCCGUGCAAAAAUUACGUCAGAACUUGCUAAAGUUAUUAAUGAUGGCUUAUACUACUAUGAACAGGAUUUGUGGAUGGAGCAGAGUGAAAAUGACACUAUGAUGAAGCAAGAGAUUGAGAACUUUAAGAAGCUAAAUCUCAUUAGUAAGGAAGAAUUUGUUAAUCUUGCACCAGAACCAAUUGCUGAUCCAACCCAAGAAGUUCCUCCAGGACCUCCAGGCUUACAGAAAGAUCUAGCAGAGGCACUAGCUUAUAAUUUAAGUAUUGAAGUACCUCCAACAGCAGCAAUAGCUCGAUCGCUGCCAACAGCAGUUCCAGAUUCCCCCUGUGUUCACCCUGCCUUCAGCCCGCGAACACCUCGCACCCCGAGGCUACAGGAUCCCAACAAAACACCCAGGUUCUACCCUGUUGUUAAAGAAGCACAAUCCAUUGAUGUAAAGACUCCAAGAAAAAGAAAAACACGACACAGUACAAAUCCUCCCUUAGAAUGCCACGUUGGUUGGGUGAUGGAUUCCAGAGACCACAGGCCAAGAACUUCCUCUGUGAGCAGUUCCAACGCUUCGCCUUCAGAAGGAGCUCCGCUAGCAGGAAGUUACGGGUGUACCCCAAAUUCUCUUCCAAAAUUUCAGCAUCCCUCUCAUGAACUGUUAAAGGAAAAUGGCUUUACUCAACAGGUGUACCACAAAUAUCGUCGAAGGUGUCUAAUGGGUAAGCCACUAAAUGCGCUUCCUCAAAUUUAGGUAGAAGUUACCAGCUGUCUUUUCUGGUCCUUUUUCCUGAGAGAUCACUUUAACAAGAAAAUGUAUGAAGAAUUCAAACAACUUGCUCUAGGCGAUGCAAAAGAACACUACAGGUAUGGAUUGGAAUGCUUGUUUAGAUUUUACAGCUAUGGCCUAGAAAAGAAAUUCAGGCCAGAAAUAUUCAAGGAUUUCCAAGAAGAAACAAAGAGAGACUAUGAAGCUGGUCAGCUAUAUGGACUGGAAAAAUUUUGGGCUUAUCUAAAAUACUCUCAGCACAAGACUCCAGCCAUUGACCCCAAACUGCAAGAAUACCUUAGUAAAUUUAAGAGACUGGAGGACUUCAGAGUGGAUCCUCCUAUUAGUGAAGAAUCUGGCAGAAACAGACCAGUUGCUGCAACAGGUGAGGAUUCAGGUCAUCACAGACAUCAGUCCAAUUCUUCUAAAACACUUCUUGCCACUAAACGCACGGCUGCCUGUCAGUCCCAGGCCCUGGGAAACGUUACCAGUGGGAAUGCUGUGCAAGCGUCCGGAGGCCAUAACAACGCUGCCACAAAAUCUAUAGAAAGUGAUGUACCAGAAAAAUAGACUUACGAUGAGCUUGCGCCCUUGAGAAUCAACUUUAUGUCACUCUUAAUCUGGACAUCUUCAAGGCGAGCCAAUCUAAUACAUGAUUAAAAACGUAUGGGAAGACAAAGGAGUGGAUUCUCUUUUUUACAGGAUUUAGUUCCAAAACACUUACCCUAGGAGAGUUGCUCUUGGUUUUGGGAUCAUCGGAAGGAUCCUAGGGAAGAUUCUUUGGCUUCAGUAUUGCUUUCCUCAAGCUUUUGUUUACAAAGAACUGCAUUCCUUGCAUAUGCAAAAAAUACUUUGGGGGAUGCCUUACAUUUCAGCUCAUAUUUCUUAAAAAAGGUAUGACAUACCCAUGUUAUUUACUGUGCUUUCUUUACCCGGAUCUUCCCAUUAUUCGUAUUUUACCAAAGCAAAAAAGAUUAAGUUAUAUGUAGAGUUUUAAAUGUAAAGGAAGGAUCUAUGUGAUUGGUUUGCUCUUGAAUCUAUCUAUUAAAAAGUAUGUUUUUGUGCAAAAGCACACUCGAGAACGUGCAGCUAUCUAUGAGACUGCAUUUCUCGAUUCUAUUUAAAGACAUAGUUUCUGUUUUUUUCAGGGUCUCCAUAGUUAGUGUUUGAAGUACGGAGUUUGAGUGGACAUAACUGGGAUAGCUUUGCAGAUACUUCCUUCAGUAUUGGUUCUUAAUAACUCAAGCAACAGAAAAAUACAGGGGAAAAUGGAUCUGUUGAUUUCAUAGCGUCUUAAAUUAACGUACAGUAUCUACAGUUUGUGCAGGCUUGUGCAGGCUGUUAAAAUAGCAAACUUCAAAUUAUUCUCAGCUUGAGCGGUGUCUUCACUUGAAUUCUCUUACGAUUAUGAAGUACUCUAACAGGAGAGGCAUAAUUUUUAAUUAUUUUUUUCCUCCGUGUUUCAAGUAAUAAAAAUGAGUUUGGAGGGAAACAAAGUAUUCCUUGUAAAUUUUUUUGCUUUAGUUUGCAAUUUCUGAAUGAAGUUCUGCUUAAAUUGUGCUAGCUAAGCCUAAAUAAUUUCAAACAGGUCUAAAUACAAUUUCACUGAAUGUAAGUUACUCAAAUAGAAAUCCAUUUCUGUAGCUGAAAGACGGGGAUGUUUAUAUCCUGUUAUUUCUUACUAACUUCAUUACUUUGUUCUUAAAGACUCAAAAAGAACCGAGUGGGUAACUUCUCUCUUCUAAGGGUAGGUGAGAAGAAUUUCAGCUUUUUGUUAGUCAACUGCAGAAAAGACUUCAGUCAACUUCUAAAGUUAAAAAGUUAUGUCUAGCACAAAUGCCUUAAUCCAUGAAGGUGUCCUAACUGACUGCACAGCCACGUAUGGGGUUUUAAACUUGUGUGAGAUCUCGGAGGUUAUAACAGGUCCAUUAAUUCUUCAGUCAUUGUCUUGUGAAUCUCAACGGAACAAAUUACGAAUGUUUGCAUUGUGAAGGAGCGUGUGUUAGCAGUGGCCUUCCCAACAGUUAAUACAAUUCCAAUACAAAAUUGAGCCUUUUCUAAGUGGCCUGUUCUACAUGAAUUUAAAUGAACACGUACCAAUAUAUUAAGUAAUGUCCUAUAAAUAUGCUGAAGUGACACAUCUCAAUCCUGUGUUUGAUCCAUGCCUUUUGCUAUCCAAGAAAAUGAUGCGAAUGUAAAUUUGGAUUGAAAUUGUAUAUACAAGUAAUAAAUUUAAGAUUAUUUCCUUUCACUUUUUCAUUGGAAAAUGUGUGGAUUAAGCUUUUUAGUGUGUGUAAUUUUGUGAUAUCUUGACAAAUUUUAUAAAAACAACAACAACAAAAACCCU